GCCUGCGCUCUGCUCGGAAUCAAAGUCUCACAGGUACGAGUACGAGUACCUCUGUCCAUACUACGAGACAAUACUUCAGCUAUACCGCAGUCAAAGAAACCUCAGUUUGGACUGUCACAGCUUGAAUUACGAAACUCUCUCUCUUCACUCAAACCAGCGCCCUGCUGGUGGCUUCCCAUCGUUAUGAAGCCCCAAAACACAGCUUUACGACAGCUCUUUCGAGCCCGCUCGUAUCGCUUGCAGACAAACUCCUCCCAUGACCUCUGUCCUCUAAUGUCUGGUCUUUAUCUUGGCUCUCAGCGAACUUUCCACUCCUCCACGUCACGCAGGGCGUCCACCACAACCACUGAGCACGCCGUCUCGACCCCUAAGUCGCAAAAGCCGGCAAAAGCACCAUCUUCUACGACCAUGACGACAAAGCAGCGGCUGGAAGUUGCCCGGAAACGAGCCGCGCAGAGACUCAAGGAUGAACAGGCCGAACAGGAACGGAAUUUCAAACUUGGUGGCCUCUCGUCGUCAAGCUUGUUCGGCGAAGAUCUCGUCCAACGUAAAGAGUCCGGGGUACAAGAGGAUGAAUCAUUGCUGCAACGUAAUCCGGAGAAUAUGGCCCAGGUCCUCAACCCUCGUCCUACCGCCCGGUCGAGAUGGCAACGGAAGAUGGUGAUCAGGGACCUGAGACGUCGGGGUCGACCCAACAAAGAGAUGAGGAUUGCACGGUCGGAACGCAAUCAUCUAUCUCGGUCGCAUUUCUUCAAGACGUCGAUGAAGAAGCUGGCCCCGCUUGCUCGACAGAUUGCAGGCAAAUCCAUCGACGAAGCCAUCCUGCAAAUGAGAUUUUCCAAGAAAAAGGUGGCUCAGGAGGUGCGGCAACACCUGAUCCAGGCCCGCGACGAAGCCGUCGUCAUGAAGGGCAUGGGUCUCGGGGCCGCUCAGGGCGGCAGCGAGGAUGCGACGACGACGCCCGCCGGUCAAGAUCCCAGCGAAACCCGGCCUCUUCCUCACCAAACGCCCGCCAAAGCUCUCAAGAAAGGUCACACCCCUGAACAGACCGAUAUUUAUGUGGCACAGGCAUGGACGAAUCGAGGUCCGUAUGGAAAGGAGCCUGAGUUCCGAGCACGAGGCCGUGUGUACAUGUUGCGUCCUCCGCAGACCGGCAUCAGCGUGCUCCUGAAGGAGGAGAAGACGCGGACCAGAGAAAAUGCGGAAAAGGAAGCCAAGGCGUUGAGGAAGAGGAUGGGAAAGAGUAUGUGGGUUCACUUGCCCGAUAGAAAGAUUACUGCUCAACGACAACAUGCUCUCUGGUAGAGAGGAGAGCAUGCCAUGGCAGUUCCGUAUACUUUGGUAUAGCUUGUAUAAAAUUACUCUAAUCUAUCUAGAUUUGUACACUC